AUGCUCAAGUUGCGUUCCUUAGCUGGUUCACUCUCCAGCAACCUCUGUCGGCUGGCCUCCAACGCCCACUUGGACUACUCACGUUACCCAACCCUGCAGGAGUCGGAUAUUGAGGAGACAUUGAUGCGUGGCAGCGGACCCGGUGGACAGGCCGUGAACAAAACCAACAAUUGUGUCUUUUUGCGUCAUCUGCCAACGGGCAUCACCGUCAAAUGCCAUCUGCACCGCUUGGCCUCCAAGAAUCGUAUCGAAGCCCGUAAAAUACUGCUCGAAAAACUUGAUGUCCACCUAAACGGAGAAAAGUCCAUUGCAGCUCAGCAGAAGGCGCUCGAUCAGAAAAAGUCAACGGAGCGCAAACGCCGGCAAGGAAAACUACAGGAGAUGAAAAAGAACUGGCAAAAUCGCGAGCGCGAGGAGAGUGAAUGAAUGAACCAAAGGACUUGUUAAACAAUAAAAUUUGUGUAUUUUUUCGAGCACAACUACCAGCUGGCAAAGUCGCCGAAACCA